CAUUCUUUUCUACAGGAAAAAGAGACAAAUUUCGUUGUUGCCAGAGGACGAGGGUUUCCUGCUUGAUCCGACGGGUUUCAGGUCUUGCUAUCAUCUCCGCGGCAGCAUAUAUUUCUUGAUUUGGUCAGGUCGGCAUCGUGCGAGUCAUCCAUCGAGUUUUCACCACUCCCAAUUCACGUCGGAUCUUUUCCUUCGCUCUGCCAGACGUAACGCCAGAUUUUGAUUUCCAGGCUUUGCCCUGACUCGAGGCAAUCAUGUCACAAUCAGCCUUUCAAUCAGAAGCACAAUGGUUGUCUCAGAUGGCCGCCAUGAGACAGGCCAUUGCCGAGCUGAGACUGCCACCAUUGAACGACGCUUCGCAAAUGUAUGGUUCCGAUAUCGAUCUGGAUGAAGAAUUGAGUGAAGACCUCGACGAUGACAUCUGGGACGUCGACGAUGCACUCGAUGAAAGCCCUCCAAGCGAUGCCUUCGAAGAGCCCACAAAUGGGUACAAGGCUCCAGAGGUGGUCGAUGGAGUCUUCAACCGAGCCUGGCUACAUGGAAAAUGUGCUGCCUUCGCCCAGGCAAGAUCUGGCCUAAAUGCCUCCGAGUUGGAAGAGCAGAUCAUUGCUCUACUUGCUUCAGACAGUUCUGAUGAUGAAUUGCAAAUGUCUCUUGCGGAUAUUGUUGGAUAUGAUGCCCUCGAUUUGGUCAUCGAGCUCAUCACCCAUCGUAGGGAGAUUUUGGCUGCUUCAACUGCUACUAGUCGUCAAACAGAUGGGCUUUUCGCACAACUUGAGACUCGACAAGAACGCGAAGCUGCCUUGAGCCGGCAAGACUAUGAACAUAAACAUGCUUCUCUCGCUCCAGCCUACGACCGUAGUGAACGCAGGUACCCCCAUGUCUACAAGUCUGAUACUGCCGGAUCCGGAAACAUGCUUGAUAUUUCUGGAAAGCGGUACGCCCUGCCCGUCGGCAGUUCCAGAAAGGACUAUCCCAAAUACGAGGAAUUCACCAUUCCGGCCUCCAAGGUUGGCUCGCUUGCUGCGGGUCAGAAGCUGGUCAAUAUUGCCGAAAUGGAUGGGCUUUGUCAACGCACAUUCAAAGGUUACAAGAGUCUGAACCGCAUGCAAAGCUUACUGUAUCCGGUUGCAUACACAACCUCCGAGAACAUGUUAAUCUGUGCUCCCACUGGUGCUGGUAAGACAGAUGCUGCCAUGCUCACCAUUUUACAGACAAUAUCCAAGAAUGUGGUUCCAAAUCCAAUCGAAGAGCCUGAUGCCACCGACUUCGUUGUCAUGGCCGAUGACUUCAAAAUUGUUUAUGUUGCCCCAAUGAAGGCUCUUGCGGCCGAGGUGACGGAGAAAUUGGGCAAGCGAUUGGCGUGGUUGGGCAUUCAAGUGCGAGAGUUGACCGGCGACAUGCAACUCACCAAAAGGGAGAUUGCCGCCACCCAGAUCAUUGUUACUACCCCUGAGAAAUGGGACGUCGUGACUCGAAAGAGUACGGGUGAUACUGAACUGGUACAAAAAGUCCGGCUCCUCAUCAUUGAUGAAGUUCAUAUGCUCCACGACGAUCGUGGCGCCGUCAUUGAAUCCCUAGUGGCCAGGACCGAACGCCAGGUCGAAAGUACGCAGUCACUAAUCAGAAUAGUCGGGCUGUCCGCCACUCUACCCAACUAUGUUGAUGUUGCAAAGUUUCUCAAGGUCAAUCUCAAUGCCGGUCUGUUCUACUUCGACGCCUCCUUCCGACCCGUUCCACUAGAACAACAUUUCAUCGGCGUCAAAGGCAAGGUUGGAAGCAAGAUGCAGAGAGAGAAUCUUGAUUACGUGACCUUUGAAAAGAUCAAGGAGCUCUUACAGGAGGACAAGCAGGUGAUGGUCUUUGUUCAUUCGAGGAAAGACACUGUCUUGGCUGCUCGGACACUUUACAGCAUGGCGGUCGAGGAUGGCUGCGCAGAGCUAUUCGCCCCGAGCCCGGACAGUCCUGCUUAUACAAGAGCUAUGGCCGAUUUGAAGACGACACGUGGUCGCGAACUUCGUGAUAUUGUGCCGAAGGGAUUUGGUUGCCACAAUGCCGGCAUGGCUCGUACAGACCGUAACUUUGUGGAGAGGAUAUUCUCUGAUGGUGCUAUCAAAGUCCUGUGCUGUACUGCUACACUGGCGUGGGGUGUCAACCUUCCCGCCGCCGCCGUGAUCAUCAAAGGAACCCAACUUUACAGUGCCGAAGCUGGCAAGUUUGUGGAUCUGGGAAUUCUGGAUGUCCUACAAAUCUUUGGUCGAGCCGGUCGUCCUCAGUUCCAGGACAGUGGUAUCGGCUACAUAUGUACUACUCAGGACAAGCUGCAGCAUUACCUGUCCGCUGUGACCCAGCAACGGCCGAUAGAGUCAAGAUUCUCUCAGAAACUGGUGGACAACCUCAAUGCUGAGAUCAGUCUGGGCACAGUGACAUCAGUGCAAGAAGGUGUUACAUGGCUCGGCUACUCAUAUUUGUUUGUUCGCAUGCGACAGAAGCCGGAAGCCUACGGUAUUGACUGGAACGAAUACCAGGACGACCCUCAGCUGUUCCAGCGUCGCCGGAAACUGAUCAUCGAGGCUGCAAGAACACUGCAUCGAAAUCAAAUGAUCAUCUUCAACGAACGGACUGACGAACUUCGAGCGAAAGAUGUCGGCCGGAUCGCCAGCCAAUUUUAUGUCCUUCAUACCAGUAUUGAGAUCUUCAAUGCCAUGAUGCGCCCGAAUUCCAGCGAGGCGGAUGUAUUGAAGAUGAUCAGCAUGAGCGGCGAGUUUGACAAUAUCCAGGCUCGAGAGAACGAAGCUCAAGAGCUACAUCGACUGCGUCAGGAAGCUGUUGCAUGUGAGGUUGAGGAGAGAAGGGCUGCUCCCAAGAGUUCAGAGGACGAGAAGGAACAGAGAGUUAUCGAAAACCAUGCCAAAACCAACAUUCUCCUUCAGUCGCACAUUUCGAGAGCAAAGCUGGAAGAUUUUGCCUUGGCUUCGGACCUGGCAUAUGUCGCUCAAAAUGCUGCUCGAAUUUGUCGAGCAUUGUUUAUGAUUGCGUUGAACCGUGGUUGGGGCUACCAAUGCCAGGUCUUACUCUCCAUGUGCAAAGCCAUUGAGAAGCAAAUCUGGCCUUUCCAACAUCCUUUCCACCAGUUCGAUCUCCCAAUGUCGGUGCUGAAGAAUUUGGACGACAAAACGCCUUCAUCCAACAUUGAAAGCCUGCGAGAAAUGGAAUCGGCCGAGAUUGGCAACCUCGUCCACAACCAGAAGAUGGGCAAUACCAUAUCCAAGUUGCUCGAGAACUUUCCCACCAUAGCGGUCGAAGCCGAAAUAGCACCUCUUAAUCGGGACGUGCUCAGAAUGCGCCUGUACCUAUAUCCGGAGUUUGUCUGGAACGAUCGGCAUCACGGUACAUCCGAGUCCUACUGGGUCUGGGUUGAAAAUUCGGAUACUUCGGAGAUAUAUCAUCACGAGUUCUUCAUCCUCAGUCGUAAGAAGAUGCAUGACAACCACGAGCUCAAUUUCACAAUUCCUUUGGCCGACCCUCUACCAUCACAAAUCUACGUCCGGGUCAUCUCUGACCGGUGGUUGGGGGCAGAGACGGUGCAUCCUGUUUCGUUCCAGCAUCUUAUCCGUCCAGACACCGAGAGCGUUUACACAGAUCUACUUGACUUGCAGCCACUUCCUAUCACUGCGUUGAAAAAUCCCCAACUUGAGGAAUUGUACGGACAACGUUUCCAAUUCUUCAAUCCCAUGCAGACGCAAAUCUUCCACACCCUUUAUCACACAGCCAACAAUGUUCUUUUGGGGUCGCCCACCGGUUCAGGCAAGACUGUCGCGGCCGAAUUAGCCAUGUGGUGGGCCUUCCGAGAACAUCCAGGAAGCAAGGUUGUCUAUAUUGCUCCGAUGAAGGCCCUGGUGCGCGAAAGAGUCCAAGACUGGCGCAGAAGAUUGGCUAUCCCGCUGGGUCUGAAACUCGUUGAAUUGACCGGCGACAACACUCCAGAUACAAGGACCAUCCGGGAUGCCGACAUCAUCAUCACCACUCCCGAGAAAUGGGAUGGUAUUUCUCGAUCCUGGCAAACCAGAUCCUACGUCCGACAGGUUUCGCUCGUCAUCAUCGAUGAGAUUCAUCUCCUCGGUGGUGACCGUGGACCGAUUCUCGAAAUCAUUGUUUCGCGGAUGAACUAUAUCGCAACUCAAGCAGAGACGGGCUCCAUCAGGCUAGUUGGUAUGUCCACCGCAUGUGCCAAUGCAACAGACCUGGCCAACUGGCUGGGAGUGAAACCCGGAAACAACCAGGGUCUGUUCAACUUCCGUCACAGUGUACGACCAGUUCCACUGGAGAUCUACAUCGACGGCUUUCCCGAGCAACGUGGAUUCUGUCCUCUCAUGCAAAGCAUGAAUCGACCGACAUACUUGGCAAUCAAGAACCACAGCCCUGAAAAGCCUGUCAUCGUCUUUGUGGCGUCUCGAAGACAGACACGCUUGACUGCCAAAGACUUGAUCAAUUUCUGCGGGAUGGAAGAAGAUCCGCGCCGAUUCCUGCAUUUCGACUCGGAAGAUGAUCUGCAGCAUACACUAUCCGCGGUGAAAGAUUCGGCACUGAAAGAAGCGUUGAGUUUCGGGAUCGGACUGCACCAUGCUGGAUUGGUGGAAUCGGAUCGAACGCUGGCCGAACAACUGUUUGCGGCCAACAAGAUCCAAAUCUUGGUUGCUACGUCGACAUUGGCCUGGGGAGUCAAUCUUCCGGCGCAUCUCGUGGUUGUCAAGGGCACACACUAUUUUGACGCCAAAAUCGAGGGCUACAAGGACAUGGAUUUGACCGAUGUACUCCAGAUGCUAGGAAGAGCCGGCCGGCCGCAGUUUGAUACCUCUGGGAUUGCUCGGAUCUUUACGCAGGACUCCAAGAAGGCGUUCUACAAGCAUUUCUUGCACACCGGGUUUCCGGUCGAGAGUACUCUGCACAAAGUGCUGGACAACCAUCUGGGCGCCGAAGUUUCUGCCGGGGUCAUCACGACGAAACAAGACGCUUUGGACUAUUUGACUUGGACGUUCUUUUUCCGCCGGCUGCACAAGAACCCGACUUACUACGGAUUAGAAAUGUCGGCGGAAGAGCAGCAGGAAAGUCAAAUUUCCGCCAGACAGCAAGCCGCAGAUUACAUGGUCUCAUUGGUCGACAAGUCCCUGGACGAUCUGGCCGAAAGCGAAUGUGUUCUUGUGCACAAUAACGGCGACGUCGACAGCACACCGUUUGGCAAGAUCAUGUCGUACUACUAUCUGAGCCAUUUGACCAUCCGUACAUUUUUGGGCAGGGCCCGCAAAACCCGGAACAACACGACCUUUGCAGAAGUGUUGGCUUGGAUCAGUCUCGCGACCGAGUUUGACGACCUUCCGGUGCGCCACAAUGAAGAUCUCAUCAAUGCCGAGCUGGCCAAGAAUCUUCCUCUUGACACUCCAGGACUGCUAGAUGGUCUGCCAAUGUGGGAUCCGCACGUCAAGGCUUUCCUGCUGAUUCAAGCAUUCAUGUCUCGUGUCGACCUCCCCAUCAGCGAUUAUGUGGGAGAUCAGAUCUCCGUGUUGGACCAAGGAAUCCGUAUCAUCCAGGCCGGGAUUGAUGUCAUGACCGAACUCAACAAGUUCGAUGCUGUCGUGCAAAUGGUCCGAUUGCUGCAAUGUAUCAAAUCCGCCCGCUGGCCUGAGGAUUAUCCUCUGAGCAUCCUUUCUGGCAUUUCGGAAAUUUUCGAUUCGAGUCUUGAUGGCAAAGUGCCCAAGGAUCUCAAUACCACGGCAGUUCUGGCGAGCAGGCACGGGCCCAAGACAAUAGAUGGGCUGAUGAAUGUGUUUGGAAUCAAUAAGUCGUCCAGCGUUCGUUCACAGUUUGUGAAAGCUGUCAACGCCUUGCCGGAUAUUACGUUGACUGCGAGUGGAGAUACCGACUCUCUCCAGGUGACUAUGAGACGAGGGAAUCGUCUUCUUGACCCGGAGGCAAGGAUUUAUGCGCCUAGGUUUCCUAAGCCGCAAACCGAAGGGUACUUUGUCGUUGUUCUUCCUGCUGCUGCUGCGGAAGGUAAAGGUCGUGGUGGUGAUAUUCUGGCAUUGAAAAGGGCCAAUUGGACUACAAAGACGAGGAAUGCAGAUGGGAGUACGAAGAGCAGAGCUACGGAGGUCAGCAAUGUCAGGCUGAAGGUUCCUGUUGAGGCUGUGGCCGAAACAGCUCCUGCUGGUGCUAGUACUAGCAGCGGAAGCGUCACACCGGCACAUCCCAUCGUCAACUUGGACAUUUUGGUCAUGAGCGACUCGUACCCUGGAAUGGAAUGGCGAUUGGAAAAUGUCAAAGUGCCAGUGGUGGUGAAAUCGAAUGCAGUCGAGACCGUGCAGGUUGAUGUCGAUGAGAGUCUACACAAGAAGAAGGGACAGGAGAAUAGAUAGCGGAAUAAGUUUCGAUAGGAACAAAGACAGUCGGACUAGCUGUGAUAGAGUGAUAGAGUGAUACGGUUAUAGCAAAUGCAGAUGUAAUAACCAAGGCCA